CACCUGCACCCUCUCCUCGCGGGCCGGAAGUUUAGGGACUGAAUGGGUCCCGGAGCCGGCGGCUGCUGCUCCUCUGUUUCCACCUGAGACUUAGCGGCAAUUCGGCCGCCUGUCUUGUCAGCCGCUGGGGCACCAGGUUCAUGUGGAGGCUCCCAGGCGCCCGUGCCGCGCUUCGUGGGGUCCGCGCGGCCGUCGAGCGGCACAGUCGGGCUGAGGCUACGACUGAGACCGUGGCGGGCGCGAUGGAGCGUGCUGUAGUGCGAUGUGUGCCCUCGGAGCCUAAACUAAGCCUGUCGUUCGCGCUGGCGGACGGCAGCCAUAAGAACAUGCAGCGUGACCAGAGCGAGCCGCUGGGUCGGGCCCUCAGCCGGAUCGCCACCAACGCCCUCAAAGGCCACGCUAAGGCGGCUGCCGCCAAGAAGAGCCGGAAGAACCGGCCAAACGUGGCCUGUGCGGGGCCCGGGCCGGAGCCGGCUGCGGCCUGCGAGCCCGUGGUGAAGCUGUACUACCGGGAGGAAGCAGUGGCUGAAGACGUGCUCAAUGUAGACGCGUGGCAGGACGGCGCGGUCUUGCAGAUCGGCGAUGUCAAGUACAAAGUGGAGCGCAACCCGCCCGCCUUCACUGAGCUGCAGUUGCCACGCUACAUCAUGGCCGGCUUUCCGGUGUGCCCCAAACUCAGCCUCGAAUUUGGGGAUCCCUCCGGCUCCCUGUUCCGCUGGUACAAGGAAGCCAAACCGGGAUCGGCACAGCCUGAUGGCGGGGGCCCCUCGUCAUUGUCUCGCUCUUCUCCCUCUCCUAGUUGGACGGAAACGGGUGUGGACGAGCGCGUCUACACCCCGUCCAAUGCUGACAUCGGGCUACGGCUCAAGCUGCAUUGCACCCCAGGCAAUGGGCAGCGCUUUGGGCCCAGUCGGGAGUUGGAAAGUGUGUGUCUAGUGGAGGCCGGGCCGGGCACUUGCACCUUUGAUCACCGACAUCUCUACACCAAGAAAGUGACGGAAGAUGCUCUCAUCCGCACCGUCUCCUACAACAUACUGGCUGACACGUACGCCCAAACUGAGUUCUCGCGGACCAUCCUGUACCCUUACUGUGCCCCUUACGCCCUGGAGCUCGACUACCGCCAAAAUCUUAUACAGAAAGAACUCACCGGCUACAACGCCGACCUCAUCUGUUUGCAGGAGGUUGACCGCAACGUGUUUACAGACAGCUUGGUGCCGGCCCUUGAGGCCUUUGGGCUGGAGGGCGUGUUUCGAAUCAAGCAGCAGGAAGGCCUGGCCACUUUUUACCGAAAGUCCAAGUUCAGCCUUCUUAGCCAGCAUGAUAUUUCUUUCCAUGAAGCUCUGGAGUCUGACCCACUUCACAAAGAACUGCUGGAGAAAGUAGUUUUGUACCCAUCGGCGCAGGAGAGGGUGUUCCAGAGAUCUUCUGUCCUUCAGGUUUCUGUUCUUCAGUCUACAAAGGACUCUUCUAAAAAGAUAUGUGUUGCUAAUACUCAUCUCUACUGGCAUCCCAAAGGUGGAUACAUUCGUCUCAUUCAAAUGGCAGUAGCCCUGACUCACAUUAGACAUAUCUCAUGUGAUCUGUAUCCUGGCAUACCAGUUAUAUUUUGUGGGGACUUUAAUAGUACCCCAUCAACAGGAAUGUAUCAUUUUGUCAUCAAUGGCAACAUUCCAGAGGAUCAUGAAGACUGGGCUUCCAAUGGGGAAGAGGAACGAUGCAACAUGUCUCUUACCCAUUUCUUGAAACUGAAAAGUGCUUGUGGUGAACCUGCUUACACAAAUUAUGUUGGUGGCUUUCAUGGAUGUCUGGAUUACAUUUUCAUUGACUUAAAUGCUUUAGAGGUUGAACAGGUGAUUCCAUUACCUAGUCAUGAAGAAGUUACCACCCACCAGGCCUUACCUAGUGUUUCCCAUCCCUCUGAUCACAUAGCACUUGUAUGUGAUUUAAAAUGGAAAUAGAGUUUUCUUUAAUGGAAUUUAAGUCUGCUUUAGUAGGAGAUUUAACACAAAGUUUAUGUGUAACCUUCAAAGAGGAAAACGAGACACUAAGGUACAGUGUUCUUAUGCUACUAGUUAUGUUCCAGUGUCUUCAUUACAUGACUGUUCAUAAUCUUUGCAUAAUAUAGUUUCCCUACCCUUUUUUGUCUUACACUUGGAGGAAAAACAGACAUAUUUAUGACUGGCAGGAAGAACAUUGAAUUAUUGUGUACAUUUGAUAAGUACUUUUUUUUAGCUAGUAAUUACGAGUUUUGUAAAAAACCAUUUGAAUGAUGCUAUAAUUUUUCUGUCAUAACAUAUGUCAGAUGGAAUCAUGUUUAUAUAAUUAUAGAAAAAAUGCAUUCAAGUUAAGGUGAGAGGCCUAAGUUCUGACACAUGGAAGAAAUAACAUUAAGGUCUACCUCUACCUCAGUUUGGUUAGCAAUUUAAUACAAUUUCAGAGCUUUAACAGAAGAUUAAAAUAUACCAUCAUCAAUUGUUAUUGCUUCUCAUCUUUCAUUUUUGAAUUAACAUAUUUUCAUUCUCUUAUUUUUAGUGUUUUAGUUUUUAAUGUAUGGUACAAAUGGACAUAUUUAUAUUCUCUUUCUUAAGAUGCAAGCACAAUUUAGUAUUCAAAGUGAAGAGCAACAAAGUCAACCCUAUCCCAUUGUCUUUAAUAACUCUUGCUCAUGAAAAAUGUUCAUAAAUCAACAGGGUAUUUGACCAUGUGAUAUUAAAGAAUACAGCACAAUACAUUACUUUGUGAGAAAUUGCCUACUGAUGUGGGCUUUAAAUUUUGGAUGAACUAUUGAGCAUUUCUAUGCUAGAAUAUUUUGAAAUUGUUGGUUUUUACAAAUAGGAGAAAGGAGUAGGGCGGCUUUUGAGCACCUAAAACUAUUCCUUUUAUAGAUUUGAACAUUAUAGUUUGAGUUACAGGGGAACAUUGUAUAUAUAAUUUAUAUACUGUAAAAAAUUAAUAUAAAGCCAAACUUUUUAAAAUUAGAAAUUACAGUUUUACUGAUUACUGUCUAGCCUAGAGUGGUAAUCGAGCAUUUCUCAGUCAGUUAUUACCAUAACUAAUUUGUAAAAUGCUUUAGCUGUUUGCUUUUUUGAUGUUCAGGAUAACUGUUAUCUCAUUUCUGCAUUUAAUUUCUAGCUUAUAGAUAUUAAAAGCCCACCAACUUCAAGAGCUGAUUUUCCAGUCAUGAGAGCUUUUGUUCCAAAUUAUUUCAUCUCUAAACCCAACAGCAUAAGAAUGUUCCCCUUUUGGUAAAGUAGCCUGUACUUUCAUACCCUGCUCACUAUCCAAUCAAUAUAUUGUUAACUUUUAGUUUAGUAAGCUUGAGAAUGUCAGAGGGUUUUACCUGCACUUCACAUUGAACUUUGAAGUACUUAAAAGUACUUGAAGGGAAAAAUUAAGGUGGCAGUUUCUUGGAAUCUUGUUUAGAAAAAGCUAUAAAUGAAAAAUUGAUGCUACCAAAUUGUGCUUUCGUAAAUAACAUUUCUGAGAGCAUUUUAACAUAAGUUUACAAAUACAUAAAUAAUAUAUUAAAGGCAGAAUCUGUUUUGCAAAAUGUGCUCUUCUUUUAAAACUUGGUUUUGGUCUGCUUUAAAACAAACAUGUUGACAGAACUCUUAAAAUAACUUGAGAGAAAACAGCUUCAAAGCAAAAAGUUGAAAAACAAAAGAAAAAUGGUAACAUGACAUACUCAUGCCCAUGAGAAAAAUAUAUAAGUCCUAUGUUAAUAACAUGGCUAGCUAAAUUGAACUCUGUUCAGAAAACUUUAAGCACUUAUCAAACAUUCCACAUCCAGAAUCUUUAAAUUUGAUAUUUGCUGACGAAACAAUGUGAUCAGAUCGUAUAUAGGCAUUUCAGAAUAUUAAAAUAUAGAAUAUUAUGAAGUGCCAUAUACUCUGGUUAAAUCUUAAGUAUACAGAUGUUAGUAUAUAGGAGUCCAAAGGUAGGGAACACUAAGGAAACAAUAAAUAGCAUACAAAAAUUUCCUUGUAUUCACGAGUUAGAAUAAAGCAUUAUUCAGAAACGUUUAAGUGUUUAAAGCCAUCUUUGUGACUGAAUUUUUCAAUUACAUUUGGAUUUUUAGUACAUUUAAUUUUAAUGUGAAAAGUCCUAUGGUAAACCACAUUUUAUGUCACAAAUUCUUGCUGUAGGAAUUAACGUUCCAAAAUUCUAUAAUGAUUAUAAAUGACUAAGAAUAUUAUAAAACAUUAUCCUGUUCUAUGAACUCUUGCACAGUUGCCACUGUAGACAUAUACACUAGUUCAUAAUUUAUUAACAGAUCAUUUCAGGCUGUAAUGUUCUUUAAAAUUCUGAAUACUAAAAUCGGUUGUUCCAAAAUUCCAAGAAUUUCACUGAGUGAUAACUUUUCUGAGAGGCCAAGGCCUGAUAUAAUGUGAUAGUAUUGGUCUGGAGGUAGUCCUCUGAGGAACAUAAUAGAGGGAGAGGGGGUCCAAAGAACACUACUGUGGUAAGAUCUCUCUGGUGGAAACUGACAGCUAUAGGCCGCCUAUUCUCCAGCUAUGAAAAACAAGAGGUUCUCUUCAAAAUGGUUUGAGACAAAACCAAAAUCCAAAUUAAUGAGAGGUAAUAGUUUGCUCUGCUAGUUUAUCACAAGAUUCACAUGACAAUUCAAUAAGGAAAAUCUUUCAAAAAUUAUAGUCAACACUAAUUUUCUGAACAUUUAAAUGUCUUGAAAUUUUUAAUAUUUUGUUAAUAUAGUACUAGAAGGAAAUGUUAUCUAGAUUUAAUUUUGGGAGAGGAAACACCUUUAAGAGCUUUAACUGAUGUGGGUAAUAUCCCACUUCUGUGGUCCCACUUAAUGAGAAAGUCCAUGCUUUAACUUAUUGAAUGUAUUAGUUGUAUUAAUUUGGGUGAUUUUUACAGCACUAACUUUAGAAUAACUACAUUCUGAGAUGGCAAUACCAAAGCAUUUUUUAAAUUGAAAUUCACAUAAAACCAUUUAUAAGUGUAAUUCCAUUGCAUUUAGUACAUUCACAAUGUGGAGCAACCAUCAUCUCUAGUUUCAAAACAUUUUCAUCACCCGAAAAGGAAAACCCCUUACCCAUUAAGCAGUCUUUUCCUAUUCCCUCCUCCCCUCCAACUCCCAGGCAACUACUAAUCUGCUUUCUGCCUCAAUGGAUUUCCCAAUUAUGGAUAUUUCAUAUAAAUGGAAUUAUAUGUGAUCUUUUAUGUCUGACUUCUUUCACUUAGCACAAUGUUUUUAAAAGGUUUAUCCAUGUAUAUGUACUUCACUCCUUUGUAUGGGUGAAUAAUAGUCUAUUGUAUGGUUAUACCACAUUUUAAUUAUACAAAUGGACAUUUGGGUUGUUCCCACCUUUUGACUAUUAUGAAUAAUGCUGCUAUGAACAUUUGUGUACAAGUUUUGUUUGAACACCUGUUUUCAAUUCUUUUGGUUAUAUACCUAAGAGUGGAUUGCUAGGCCAUAUGGUAAUUGACUUUUUGAGAAACUGCCAAAAUGUUACCACAAAAGUGGCCACAUCGUUUUACAUUCCCACCAGCAAGUUAUGAGAGUUUCAAUUUCUCCACAUCCUCGCCAACUUAUUUUACAUUUUUUUAUUUUAGGCAUCAAAGUAGAUAUGAAGUGGAAUCUCUACCAAUGAAUUUUAAAACUCGUUUAGUCUAAGCAAUCAUGUUGUUGCAGUCAUGAACUAAAUUAUUCACAAUGGAUUAUACAACCUAUAUAUUUUCCAGAGAGCUCUUCUUCAGCAAUUCCUACUUAUUUUUACAAGCUCAUUGCUUCUUUUUAAUAGAUUUGGGAAGAACGUUACAAAAAUACCAAAGUCUGGAGUAUAAAUACAAAUAAUUAAAAACUUAGUAUAACAAAAAAAUAAAAGUCACUUUAAAAAUAUGAGUCCAUUUCAGUGAUUUCAGGGAAUGAAUUUGCUUACCAACGUUGGCUUCUAAAUGGUUUAGCCAUGUUACACUGUUACCACUUCCUAAAUCCCAGUUUAGGUACACAGUAGUAGAGAGCAAGAAUGUCUAAAUACUAAUUCCUAAGAAACAGAUAGCUGUGGCUGAAUGUACCUUACCAAAUUCUAAUGCAUAAUCAUAAAAAAGACUAAACUACUUAUUAAAAAUCUUGUCUUGAAAAUAACCUUAAAUCCAAGGUAAGCUUAAAAAAAAUCCAUUAAGCUAAUGAUGUUAAAAAUUAUAAUAUGGAAAAAAUAUUUUUGCAAGUUGGCCAUCUUCAUAGUGUAUUAAAUUAUAUUGAAGCCAGGUGCUAAAAUUAACAUUUUAUAUAUAAAUGAUCAUCUUUAAAUUGUAGACCUUCAAAAUACUAAACCUUUUAGUUCAGUUGGCUGAUGUCACCCUAAAUAUAACUAGCAACAACAGCUGGAUUCAUUCUAACUCUUAGCUUGUCAAAAUCAUGUUCAUAUUGUUAGGGUUUUUUACUCACAAUUUUCAAUUUUCUUCAGAAACUUCACUGAAAACAAACUGAAUCACUUCCCAUCUUCUCCAUUUUGCACUGAUUAUGUCAAAGUGUUUAUAUAAUGCAAUCCAUUUUGCCCAGUAACUCCACUUUAAUGUUAUCCUAGAGUUGCCGAUGUACAUCUUAACUGUAUUAAAGUAUUCCUAGUUUGCA